AGUCUGGUAUCCAUAACAAACAGAAGACGCUGAGUUUUUUUUAGAAGAUUUUAAAAUGGGUGAAGAAAAGAACGAAACUACCUUAUCGGCUAAAUCGGCUAAACCUGGCAUAGAAUCUCGAAAAAAUUCCUCAAGAGCGAGUGAUGAAAAAACAUUGUCGGCUUUUUCUAUUGGAAAUCCUGUAGAUCAACGGACUAGUCGUCGUAUAAUAGCCGAAGACCCUGAAUGGUCGUUGGCUAUAGUUCCACUAUUAACAGAUCUUGUAGUUAAUCAUAUAGUUGAACAGUUUGAACACAAUAGCAGCAUUCUACCUAAGCUACUCAGAAAACAUCAAAUUAAAGUUUUGGAAAAGAUAUCGACAAAUUUACCUAUUACCAUAACAGCAAAUUUGAUAACAGAUCAGCGCUAUUGGCAGAGAUGUUGCAUAGCUCGAUGGGAUUUAUGCAACGUAGAAUCUUUUGAUAAUUGUUGGAAACGAAUGUAUUUUGAAAGAAACUUGGAAGAGUUGAUUGAACAUUACGUGCCGGAUAAAUCAGACAACGGAAAAUUAGAGCAAGUAGUUUCCCUGUCUGCUCCAUACAUAAGGCGAUUGAAUAUAAAACAAUUACUUCCGCCGGUCAAAGAACCAAAAGUAGAUGACGAGAUAUCAGAAGAUGCAAGUGACAUUGGUGAUGAAUUAGAGAUUGAUCAUUUAGAAUUUAACUCUAUACUCCCUAAAUUGCUCAAUAUUGAAGAAUUUAGCUUAAGCUACGGAGUGAGGGAUUGCGGAAUGAAUUUUGAAUGGAGUGUUUUUCAAUUCACUGCUCGCGACUGUCUUCAAUUGGCUAAAAGUGUUGCUGUUACAAAGUUUCUGCAGAUAUUCAGGCUGAGGAGGUCUAAAGUGGAUGAUGAUAAAGUACGAGUAUUAAUAGGGAAUAUAAUAGAUCAUCCCAACCUAAUCGAACUCGAUUUAUCUCAUAACGCAAUAGGAGACAGAGGAGCAAGGGCUAUUGGCAAAUUAUUAAACAAUCAUAGCAAAUUGCUAAAGCUAAUAAUCCAUGAUAAUAGAAUCCGUUCUGCCGGGGCUCAAGCCAUUGCCCACGCACUAACAAAAAAUAACGUUCUAAAGUUUCUCAAUUUGAGAAUGAAUAGAUUGGGAGACGAAGGUGGUCAAGCUAUAGGCCGAUCGCUUUUGAGAAAUAACACUUUAAUCUACUUAAAUAUAGCCGCUAACGACCUUAGCGAACCUACAGCAAGCGUGUUCUCUCAAGUUUGUUCGCUAAAUGCUACCAUCAAAUGCCUAGAUUUAAGUUGUAAUAAACUUGGUCUCGAAGGUGGAAAAACUCUACAAGAGGGGAUGGAUGAGAACAAAACAAUCCUUGAGCUAGAUUUGCGCUUAACAGAUGCAGGAGAAGAAAGCGAAUAUUGUAUCAAUAAUGUGCUUGAACGAAAUAGAGAAAAAGACCGAGAAGAGAAGCUAGAAAACCAAGGACAAAGUAGAUAAACUUGAGAUGGCGCCUAUGUCAUAAAAAUUUCAUUUGUGCUUAACUUUAAAAUAUUUAAUUUUAUAAAAUAUAUUUUAAUAAAAUUUUGAUCAUGAUA